UUUUUUCCUUCUUUUUUUUUUUCCUCUGGCUUCCGAUUUCUGCUCUUUCCUUCUCACAUUCAGAAACCCAACAAAAUGGCGAGCGAAGAUCCCAAACCAAGUCCAAAAGACCCAGAAAAUCCAGAUGAAAAUGGUCAAAACGUGGACGGUAUAUUCAGCCCCAGAUUCAAAUCUGUGGCUGCCAUGGCCGGUUGGGAUGAAGAGACCCUUCUGAUUGCAAGCCUUGUUGUCGAAGACACCCCCGAUCGAGAGUCUAAGUACAAGAAACGCUCGGAUUCCCAGUUCAAGACCCCACCCACAAAUUCAAGAAGAAAACGCAGGUAUCAGAGAAGAAGUCCAAUUUCAAUCCCAGCGUCCGUUCUUGAUCUAGAUGAAGAAGAAACUGCAAGAAAAGAGAGUGAGAAAAGUAAGUCCGAAAUAAAAGCUUCUGUAAAUGAUGAAAAGAAAAUCGGAGCAAAGGAAUCACCUGAACAGAACACUCUUGUUUCACGCUCAAGUUCAGUUCUUCCUUGCAUUGAUAAGCUUAAAGAAGAGUUAUCUUGCGCAAUCUGUUUAGAGAUUUGCUUCGAACCAAGUACCACUCCUUGUGGACACAGCUUUUGUAAGAAAUGUUUGAGAUCCGCUGCAGACAAAUGCGGUAAAAGGUGCCCAAAAUGCAGGCAAUUGAUAAGCAAUGGAAGAUCUUGCACCGUGAACACGGUUCUUUGGAACACAAUACAACUUCUCUUUCCACAAGAGGUAGAAGCAAGGAAGGCAGCAGGUGCCUUGAAUGGUCGAGAAACCGUGUGUCAAAGCCCAGAAACAGCCUUUUAUGAUAACCUGAAUCAAAGUACAAGAGCAUCAGGUAUAUCAAUCAGAGAUACGAAUGCCAGAAGAAGAAGAGGGAUUAUAUUGAGCCAAGAUGAGGAUGUUGCUGCAUCAUCUGCUCUAAGAUCACAGAGAGGAGUCGAGGGUCAAAAUCAAAUCCCCGAAAGAGGGGUUCAUAGAGAUGUGAGGAACCUGAGUACUCGACCAUCCAGGGUUUCAAGUAGAGAUACAAGGGUGACACGAAGAAGAGGGAUACCGAGCCAAGAUGAGGAUGCGGCAUUAGCACUAAGGUUGCAGAGAGAAGAGUUCCUGGAGGUGUUUAGCGGAGCUGAUGCUCAACCUAGCAGACCUCUUUACUCGGCCAGAGCAAACCUUAGAGCAAUGGCAUCUAGAGCGGUUAACCUUCGAAUUAUAGGCCGGCAUCUGUAGUUUAGUCUUUUAAGCUUGGAGAUUGUUACCACACAUUUCAGUGUGCUUUGACAUAAAUCAUAGAUAUGCCACAAUUGUGUUACUCAGUCCUAUUGGCCAUGAUCUUUGGCUAAGAUUUUUAUGUUGUACCAAUUUGAUUAAGAUUUUGCUUUUAUCAAUGAAAUCCCAGGAAAUGGUGGUUCUAUGGUC